AUGACGUCCCUCGUCGACCUUUACAAUGCUCGGCGCGCAGAAGAACUUGGUGUGCCCGAUCCAAGCACUUCCGCGCCGACACUUACCACCGACGUCCGCGCAGAGGACACUGUUGUCCAUCGCCAGAGGAACCCACAGCCCACCUCAUUAGCUGAUCUGUACAAUCAGCGCUACGAAUCUGAACGGAAUCCGCAGGUCGACCACCAGUCGCGAACGUCGCUCGCGCGACCCUCCUCCUCCAGACUUCCAACCCAGGCCAGACAAUUCACGACCUCGUCAAGCGCAGUCUCCGCUGACUCCGACAGCGAUGCGAGCACGAGAUUCAUUCGUGGCUUCGUACAAACCGAAACGGACCAACUCGAAGACGAGGCCGAUGAAUCUGACGGAUCCGAUGAUUUCGACGUAGCAAUGAUCUCCGCGGCUCGAAGCCAAUCGCGCAGUGUUUCCAUGUCCGUGGCGCCCCAAGGAGCUCACGUCAGGUACGUCCCCCGCACGGCCGUCCCGCGAAGAGGCGCGCUGAAUACGUCGGCGGCAUUCUUGCCUUACGACGAUCAUGAUGAACUCGAUGACGCGGCAACGCCCGAGCCGGAACCACCGAGCGCAUCUGCCAGCUCCAAUACGGCGCCUUUGCCGGUCCGUCCACACCCGUCAUCAUCCAAGCUCGUUGUGCAGUCGGAGUCCUCCGACGCGCCGCACACUGCCGAGUCGGAUACGUCCGAGCCACCGAGAGCGCCUCAGCACUCCGAGCGUGUCUCUCUCCCGCGUCACACUUUGGCGGAUACAGAAGAGACAAGCGGCACCGAAUCAGCUCCGCCGCGUCAUCAUGUGCCUGCACGUGUCGGCACAGCACGUCUUCAAGACAUGGAAGCCGACGACGACGCCGUGAUCGUUGUGGUCGACGACUCGUCCGCCGAUGAGGCCUACACGCGCUCAUUCUCAAGGCUUCCUGGCCAAACCUCGCGCAGCGCUUCUGCAUCCUCACAUCAUGGCAACGGCGACCCUGUGGUAAUGAUCCCCGCUUCCAGGCAGUUCACGCACCGAGCAGAUGUGGACAUGGGCAGCUCAUCGAACACGUCACGCGCUCCGCAGCCUUCUUCGGAUCCCAUUGCCGAAGGAGCCUUACAGCCGAAGAGCAUCAUCAUUAGCGAUUCAAGUUCGCAAGCCACUCCGGCCACCGGCUCCGACAGCGAGGCUUUCCGACGGUAUCCGAAGCGCGCGCGCAAUGUCACGGACUACAACAUUCGGCGCGCUUUCGAGCGAUUCGAGCGGCAGCUUGCUCAAGAGACGUCAGCGCAAGUCAACCAUCCGGCUCGACAAAAGAAGAAGACGCUACCCGUGGUAUUCGCGUCGUCGGAGUUCCUCGAUCGGGUGCGUCAGGGCGCUGCAAGCACAUCCUACACUCCGCCUAGACCACAGAGCUCGUUCGCCGACUUUCUUCUCGCAAAGGCGCAGACUGCCGCUUCGGCCGAGCCGACAGUUCCUGCCGCUUCGACUCGCAGUACACGCCCUACCCGUGCGUUGACUGAAGCCAAGGCGCGCGAACUACCCUCCCGCAUCCUGCAUCCGGCGGCAUUUUGGGACUUUCCUGUGCGCGCUGACCGUGAGCGCCUGGCUCAGCUGCCGCUCAGCACGCGUCGCGCGCUCGGCUUCGAACCCGCUCCACCUCCGACCAGCCCACAGAUCCCUCCACCUGCCGGACGAAAGGUCACCUUCCGGGAGCUGCUUUCUUUGCAGGCACAACGGCCCAAGGCAGCUCAGCGGCGCAUGCAGCUCGAGUCUGUUGUCGGCGAGGGGCGCCUGGGACGCCCACCGCAUGCCGAAGGGCUCGACAGCGUGGCGCAACAGCUGCGUGCCGGGCGCUCGUGCAAGAUUCCUCUACCGGGCGCGCUGAGCGUGCUGUCGGACAUGGAGCGGCGCGAGUGGCUGAGGUUUGAAGAAGGGCAGUCCGACCUCGAGCGGCUUGCCGAGGAGGAUCGCGCGCGCGAGCGUGGCCUCGUCAUGGUCGACGUCAACGAUUGCGAGUGCGUCAAAACGCAGAUCGACAGCGCGGGCCGCACGCGCUUUGCCAAGGUGACGUGCGCGACGGGUGGAACGAUCCGCGUCUACUUUGAUCUUCAACGCUCCGAGGCGGCGAUUUCGCAGGAAGAGGAGAGCGAACACAGGGUGGAGAUUGUGCGCACGGCUUCGCCAGCAAAGUCGACAUCAGCGUCGCGUUUAGCGGGUAAGCAGGCCGUACCAAGCUCAGACUCUGCAUACGAGGAGCUGCUUCCAGACGUGGUCGACGUGGAUGAUGACGAAUCGCUCGUCGAAGCGCAGAUGCACGAUAGCGAUGACGACGACACGCCAAUCGAAGUGGAGAUGCUGGAAGACGACGACGAUGACGACGCAUCAGUUCGAGAAGUGUCGCCCGUGCCAGUGGCAAGCACUGCCUUGAACCGUGGGCGUAUCGAUGACUUAUUCUCCAGGACGUCCAGAUCACCCGGACUGGAGCAGCCUAGUGGCUCGGCAGCAAAUCCAAAUCCCAGGUCCGGCCAAGCCGCUGCCGCAAAUUCUUCUUCCAAUUCAACGCAACUCGCUGCACGCGCUGCCAUCUCCAAAUCACGCAGCGCUUCCGGCAAAAGUCCACGCGACCUUCUCUCAUACUUCACUCUUCAGUCUUCGCCAUCAAAGCGGGCUCGGUCGCCGUCUCCCACUGGCCAACGCGGGGCGCUCGGCUCUCUGAGCGCUGUAGCGCGCGGAAAGCAACGCGCGGUAGAAAAAUCUGCGGCGGAAGACUCGCUAUCGACAGCCGAGGUCUCCGAGUGGAUUCCGAGCCAGUCGCCUUCGCAGCAGGUCGAGGUGGUCUUAGACGCGCCCACGCCUGUUUCUAUGCGGGAGAUCAUUGGAACGCCGCGCAAGAAGCGCGCGCAUUCGCCCGAGGCCGCAUUCCGCAAGCCCAAGCACACGAAGGCUGCCAAAGCGGCCGAGCCAAGUGCACAGCAGGACAGACUCGCGCGCGCGCCAGGAAUCAAGCCCAAGAAGAGGAAAGCCACAGCAACAACCGCACAGCCACAACGACUGCCAAAGGCCACACCGUCACCGUCGCGCGGAGGUUGGCGAGGUCUUUCGUCCUGGUACACUGCACGAGACGCCUUCACUCCGACUCCAGACACGCCGAACCAACGCAAACGUCACUGA